UUGGAAUGAAACAUUACAAAAUUACAUUUCCUGUGUAUAAUGAUUAUGGGUGAAAAAAUUGGACCCUAGCUGAGACAGUAAAUGCUAAUUACAAGCGGGAUGCAGAAAUUACGAACUAGUCAGGGUUGUAAUAUGGCCGAUCUCAAAGACAAGAAACUUGUGAAGGGUCGGCGUAUUGUAUUUGAGGAUGGCGUGGUUUCGGAGGGGUGCAUCGUGAUCAGAGAAGGCAAAAUAGAAGCAGUACAUCGUGGUGAAAAUGCACCAAUAAACGAGGAAGAAUUUCAAGAGGUGAUAGAUGCAGGCAAUCAGGUCGUCAUGCCAGGGAUAGUGGACAGUCACGUCCAUGUCAACGAGCCAGGGAGGACGGCCUGGGAGGGCUACGAGACUGCCACCAAGGCUGCUGCCAUGGGAGGAAUCACGACUAUUGUUGACAUGCCAUUGAACAGUAUUCCACCCACUACUACUCUGGACGCCUUCAAGAUCAAAAUGGAGCAUGCUCAGCCACAGUGCUAUGUGGACGUGGCUUUCUGGGGAGGGGUGGUGCCAGGGAACGAGAUGGAGCUACGACCUAUGAUCAAUGCUGGCAUUGCAGGGUUUAAAUGUUUCCUUAUUCACAGCGGGGUGGACGAAUUCCCUCACGUGACAACUGAAGAUCUUCACGCGGCCAUGAAACAGUUACAGGGAACAGACAGUGUACUUCUGUUUCAUGCGGAAGUGGAGACAUCUGACAUUCCAGAUUCAUUAGGAUCACCUGAAGAGUAUUCCAGUUUCCUAGCGUCACGACCGCCAAGUAUGGAGUAUGAGGCCAUCAAACUGGUCUGCAAUAUGUGCAAAACCUAUAGGGUUCCAUGUCACAUUGUCCACCUGUCUGCAGCUGCAGCACUUCCUCUGAUACAAGAGGCGAGAGGAGCAGGUGCCCCCCUCACAGUAGAGACCUGUCACCAUUACCUGAACCUAGAGGCCGCCACUGUGCCCGGGAAAGCCACUCAGUACAAGUGUUGUCCUCCCAUCAGGGAUGCCAGAAACCAGGAGAUUCUGUGGCAGGCCCUGGGUAAUGGAGACAUAGACAUGGUAGUAUCUGACCACUCACCCUGUACUCCAGAACUCAAGCUGUUGGAGAAAGGAGACUUCUUGGCUGCCUGGGGAGGGAUAGCAUCUGUCCAGUUUGGUUUGUCACUGUUUUGGACUGGCGGUUCCAAGCGUGGCUUCACUCUGCAGGACAUGGUGAGGUUGAUGUGUGAGAACACUUCCAAGCUGGCUGGUCUGGGGGACAGAAAAGGAAAGAUUAGGGCAGGCUGUGACGCUGAUUUGGUCAUAUGGGACCCUGAGGCCAUGUGGAAGGUGGCAGUGCCCUCCAUACAGCAUAAAAAUAAGAUAACCCCAUAUUUGGACAUGGCACUGAAGGGUAAGGUACUAAAAACCAUUCUGCGAGGACAAGUUGUUUAUUCUGACACUGAAGGCAUCGCACAGCAGCCAAUGGGACAGCUCCUUUUAAAAACCGGUGGGAAAUGACACAGCAAGGUUGUAAAAAGGCUCAUUAUAGGUCAUUUUAUUAAGUGUAAUUAUGGCAAGAAACUGGAAAGGACCCUUUACUAAGUAAAUUUAUCAAUUUAAUGCCUGCAUUUUGAAAAAUAAAAAGGUCAGUAAAUGUUAUUAUGAAACAGUGAAAAUAGCAUUUUUGUGCCUUUUCACAGUAACUGCCCUCAUGAAGUUCUACAUUUAAAUAUAUUUUGAUAUACUAUAAUAUUAUAACUAUGCAAGCUAGUGAUAAUGAUUUGUUUAUCAACCAGCCAGGGAUUAGAAUUUUUAUCAUAAUUUUAAAUAUUAUACUUUCUGUACAUCAGAAAGUACAAUGCAUAGUUGAAAACAUAUCAUAAGAUACAGUAUUAGUUUAUUUGUCAGUAAUACAAUAUUCUUUGGUUUGGUUUUACUUAUAUACAUGCAUAUAUCUAGUUAUAACAAAAAACUUAGGAGUGGUGUUGCUUGUUUUGAAUAUGUAAUCAUACAUGCUGUGCUCGUAUGUUGUUGACAACAGCUGUGAAACGGCAAACAAACUGAUUGAAUAAUGCAAUGACAAUUUUAUUUGAAAAACUAAAAAAAGAACAACUGUACUAUUAUUUGAAAGAUUUGCGAUUUGUAAAAAAAUUAUUUAUUAAGUAAUUUAGUUGGUUUAUUGAGCAAAGAAAAACAAGAACGGGUUGGCGUAGUUUUGUAAUUUCACUGGACAAAUGUGUUUUUUCUUCUUUGGUAACAUCUUUCAUAGGAAAUCGUGUCCGCACGCAAACGUCGAAGAAUCAAAUUUUCCACUGGUGAACUGCAUGUUUCUGGCCUCCUAUUUCAUUCAUCAAAUUACCUUGAAACAAAAGGUACACAAACAGCGUGACAAAUUCGCCUGUGUCGAUACCGAUUCCUGGAAAAGGUUGUUGUGGUAUUGAUUUUUAUAAUUGCUUCUGUUUAUGUGAGACACCGUUAAAUGUAACAUGAGGCAUCAGUGACGCAUGACGCCAGCCAGUUCGCUGUUGACCGUUAACCGUUGUGUCUUCUUCCCGUUUUUAGACGCUGUAUUAGCAACCUGUUUUAACAGGUACUUUGCUGUGUCAAAACAAGGCCGUAGAUUUUAUCUACCUUGGUCAAUUAAAGUGAGCUUUGUAAUUGUUAUUUAAUGGUGCGUUCUUUGCACGACAACUGCAAAUUAAAAUGUUUUUAAACAUUAAUUAAAAUUAUCUUUAUCAUAUGAUUAAGAAUUACGUAGUUGCAUGCACCAGAGAUUCGAGACAAUUUAGCCUAACUGGCGUUUAACGUGAACUUCAAUUCGAAUUUAAUACCAAAAAUUGUGGGCCCGGUAUCUCGGAAGCUUCGCUAUGUUGCGACCGUGCGCAAGCGUCUCGAUUCCAUAACUCGCCCAUACUCGUCCCAUAUUAUACAUUGUAGCCUGUAUUUGAUAUAGCGAUUCCCAAUACGCGAUGCUUUCGAGAUGCGGGGCCCUGGUAACAAAAUGAGCGAGCGACAGAGAGAGAGAGAGUUUGUGCAGUAUAGUGACACACUCGAAAA